AUGCUGCGCCGCGGCGCGCUGGAGGCCAGCGGCGGGCGGGCCUCCGUGCCGGACGUGGAGGGCCCCGUGCUGCGCCAGCUGCUCGACUGCCUGUACACCCUGCAGGUGCCGCCGCUGCGCGGCACGGCCGCUCAGCUGCUGGCCGCCGCCGACAGGUACGGCGUGUCCGUCGUGAAGGCGGCGUGCGAGCGGCAGGUGGCCGCGCAGCUGUGCGUCCAGACUGCGGCCGCGGCGGCCGUUCUCGCGGUCCGGCACUCCUGCGACAGCCUCGGGCAGGCCGCCGUCGCCUUCAUAAAGGACAACCUGGUCGCCGUGAUGGCCACCCCGGGCUGGGCAGACGCGAUGCGCAGCCAGCCCGAAGACUUGAUCGCAGUGAGUCGGCUGCUCGCCGAGCCACCAGCAGGAACCGGGAUGAAUGAAACGAUCACUGAGGCUGGUAACAUCUUAUUGGAAGAAAUUUAUCAACAAGAACUGACCAACGAUAAGCUGGACAUCACUGUGGACAAUUCGACGCACAUUGCUGGAAGUGGUUCUGUGGGACGAGAAUUUUGCACUCGUGAUAACACAUUUUGUAUUAGAGACAACUGCGGCUUAAAGGAAACGGAAUUCAAACACUUCACCUGUAGUUCAUGCCUGCAGACCUUUUCAUCUGAACAUAAGCUUGACACUGACGGUGUUCAUCCACCUCCACAUAUCUGUACAAGGUGUGGUGAGGUAUUCGCCAAUAAUGGCAGCUUAAGCACGCAUUCCGUGAAGACACCAGAGCUUAACGAAAAAGGAUUUCCGUGCGACAGAAUCACUAAUGUAUUUCGUAACACCCAGGCUCAUGGAGUAGUGUGUGAUGCUGAAAGAUCACACAAAUAUGAUUCUUCUAACAAAUCCGUUUCUACAGCAGAUAACCUCAACCUACAAUCAUCCGAUAAUCAAGAGAUACCCAUUACUCAGUCAGAUCAUCUCAAGAAACGAGCUGUAAAACGCACUAGUCGAACUGUUCACAAAUGUGAUACUUGUGGGAAAUCCUUUAUUAAGUCUAGUAAGCUCAAAGCUCAUUUACGAACACACAUUGCCAAGAGAACGUACAAAUGUGAAGUUUGUGACAAAUCCUUUACCAACUCUAGUUAUCUCAGAAAGCACACUUUAAUUCAUUCUGGCAAGAAACCAUACAAAUGCGACAUUUGUGGGAACUCAUUUACUAGGUCUGAUAGUCUCAGGAGGCAUUUCUUAAAGCAUAUUGAUCUGAGACCAUAAAAAAGUGCCAUUUGUGGGAAAUCCUUAAUUAGUCCUGAUGAUCUGCGGUAGGAUACGCUAAUAAAUGCUUGUGGAGGGCCAGAAAAAAUGCUGGAAAUAUAUUUGGGUGAAAUGCAGUUCAUUGUCUAGUAAUCUCAAGGUCAGUGCCACAGUUCAUAAGACAGACCCCACAAGAACAUAUCAAUGAGAUAAACCAUCUCUCUAUCGCAGAGACAGGUGUCAGAAAUAAGAAUGUUAACUGCAAUGAAAGAUUUAAUACUGGUUUCCGCAGCCUGUAGGGAAAUCAAAUAAGGCCUUCGAUCUAAAUCCCAUAUUUAGAUUUGUAAUUUGUGUGAUAGUGCAAUUCUUUGUAGUGUAGGAGAUUAAGAGAUUUGGUUGUUUUGAAAUAUAUUGUUUUGUUUGUGUUCUAAAUGUAAAAUGUGCUGAAUAGUAUUCACAGUAAUGUAUAUGUCUCAUAUUAAAUAUGGAA